GACUGAUUCAGAACCCCUAGAUUUUUACCGAUAUCUUCCUUUUCUCGCUUCUUCCUGCUGUUUUUAAUCUUCCUGCUAUUUUUUUUUAAUUCCGGUUCGUUUUCUUGUAAUCGAAGCAUUGGAUUUAAUUUUUUUCGGUUGUGAUUUGAGAAAAAUCUGUGAAAUGUGCUGUUGGAGGAGUGAGAAAAACCCUAACCGCCAUUGAUGAAGCUUUUUCGUCGAUGCCAGAGGAUCCUCAUCCUCGUUCUGCUAUGCGUCUCUGUUUUCGCGCCCGUCGUCUUCGUCUCCCAGAGGCUCAAAAAUCUCACGCCUAAUUGGAGGAACGAAUCCAUAGAGGAUUUAUCGAAUAUUAAAUACAGGACUGAUAGUGUGAAACUUAGCGUCGAGCAGGAAUCGAAUGAAGGCUUGAAAGAGCCGAGAAAAGUUUUAUAUGAAGAUACAGAUUUGCUUUCUGCAGUUAAUUAUACUCUUAAAAAGGAUCAUGUUGAUAAGGAAUCCGGAAAUGUUGGGGACGCUACUGAUAUGUUGGAAAGAACUACAAAUGGAACCAAAUAUGAGAGCAACGAAGGAGAUAAGAAACUUCAGCAGAGACAAGUAUCAUCCAUGUCUAGGGGAAAGAAGCAAUUGAACAAACAAGAUCAGAAUGUACACUCUCAGUCGCGGAAAGUAAUAGAUGAGAGAAUAAGACGGAAGAAAGAUGCAAGACCUAAUCGUGCAGUUCAACAUGAUCAGAAUGCACAUUCAAGAUUACAGAAAGUUACAAAGAAGAUAAACGAGAUGAAGGAUCAAGUGAUUAGAGCUAAAGCAUACUUGAGUUCUGCACCACCAAGCAGUAAGUCAAGUUUAGUGAAGGAGUUGAAACUGCAAAUCAAAGAGGUGGAACGAGCAAUUGGUGGAGCCACCAAGGAUUCGGAUCUAUCAAGGAGUGCCUUACAGAGAAUGAGAAAGAUGGAGUCUUCACUAUCUAAAGCCAGGCGUACAUACCCAGACUGCUCUUCCAUGUCCAAAAAGCUUCGUGCUAUGACUCAGAAUGCUGAAGAGCAAAUUCAGUCGCAGAAGAAGCAAGUCUCAUUUCUUUUCAGCCUCGCUUCAAGCACAACCCCAAAAGGCCUUCAUUGUCUUUCUAUGCAGCUAACUGCUGAAUACUUUGCUCUGGCUCCCAAGGACAGGCAGUUUCCUAACCAGCAAAAGUUGCAUGAUCCAAAGCUCUAUCAUUAUGCUGUUUUCUCCGACAAUGUUCUGGCAUGUACAGUGGUUGUGAACUCCACUGUUUCUGCUGCCUUGAAACCAGAGAAGAUUGUUUUCCAUGUUGUGACUGAUGCACUCAAUUUUCCAGCAAUCUCAAUGUGGUUCUUAUUAAAUCCUCCUGGAAAAGCCACAAUCCAAGUCCAGAGCAUUGAUGGUUUUGAAUGGUUGUCUACCAAGUACAAUACAAGAUUAAGGCAAAACUCUAGUGACCCUAGAUAUUCUUCCGAGCUCAACCACCUCCGUUUCUAUCUGCCAGAUAUCUUCCCGGCAUUGAAUAAGAUUGUGCUCCUUGACCAUGAUGUGGUGGUGCAAAAGGAUCUAAGUAGGCUAUGGAGUGUUGAUAUGAAAGGAAAAGUAAAUGGAGCAGUCGAGACUUGUCGGGAGAGUGAAACUUCCUUCCUUCGGAUGGAUACAUUCAUCAACUUCUCAGAUCCAUUUGUGGCAAAGAGGUUUGAUGCCAAUGCAUGCACAUGGGCAUUUGGGAUGAAUUUGUUUGACCUUCAAGAAUGGAGGAGAAAAGAUCUGACUACACUCUACGACAAAUACUUGAAAUCGGGUUAUAAGAGGCCGUUGUGGGUGGCUGGGAGUUUGCCCUUAGGUUGGAUCACCUUCUAUAACCAGACGGUAGCUUUGGACAGGCGGUGGCACAUCCUUGGGCUGGGUUAUAACUCAGGUGUGGUUCGUGCUGACAUUGAUCGAGCGGCAGUAAUACACUAUGAUGGAAUCAUGAAGCCAUGGUUGGACAUAGCGAUUGCGAGGUACAAGGAUUAUUGGAGAAAAUAUGUCAACUAUGACGACUCUUAUCUGCAACGGUGCAACAUUCAUGCAUAGGGUAGUUGAAAAACACAUGCACCAGAUUAUUAGUUGCUUCUUGCUCGUGGACCUGCACUGCCUCACACAAUUCUUUCUUUAACGACGCUUCGAUGCAAAGUUCCGAUCAAUUUUUUCACAAAAUUUUCCGGCCAUAAUCUUCUAGGAGCCGAGUAAAAAAGUAUAGAAAUAAUUGGAAUUAAUAAGAUCCCUGGGGGAUUUUGUAUUGCUGGUCCGUAUUUUGUGUACAUAACUUGUUUCGACCUGUUAGCUACACCGUUUCAAAACAUCUUUCAAUAUAGACACAUUCAUUUUGUUA